CGAAAAGCGAGAAUAGAAAAGAAAACACAUAAGGAAAAAAAGUUGGUCACCGGAAAUGAAGGAUGUCAGUUUUGCGCACAUCGAAGAAAGCAACGGAAAUUAAAAUUUGCAUGUGCAGCCGCCUGCAGCAGGACAUCGACAGAGACAGCAAGAGAGAGGGAGAGGGAGAGGGAGAGAGACAGAGCUAGUGCGGAGUGGGUCAACAAUGUGGCAACAAUGUGGGCAACACACGAAAGCCGGCUGCUGCUGCUGCUGCUACUGUUGCUGCCAUUGCUGCCAAAUCUCAAUGAAGCCGGCAAUCGAAUUCAGCACUCAAAAACUCGGCUCCAAGCUGUUUUCUGAAUAAACUUGACAGCCAACUAAAAUCCAAAAACGUACACCACAUCCAAAUUGAGACAUAUACAGAUAGAGAGAGAGAGAGACAGUGAGGGAGUGAGAAAGAGAGAGAGAGAGACCGAGAGAUCUGUUGUACAUUAGUCGACAACGAGAUAAAACGCCCAACGACAUUGACAACGUCAUCAACUGCUGCCUGCUUCAUCAGCAGAGCUAAACGACUUCUUUUUUUUUUGGUUUAUUUUUUUUUGGUUUUCGUUUUUUUUUUUGGUGCAACUUGCAAACUUGCCAGCAGCCCGCCACCUUUGCAGCAGUGAUGGCAUUGCAAGGACAAACGUUCUGCUUCUCGGCAGCUGGAUUUAUCGCUUGCUCAGCAAUCGUUCUGCUUUGCAGUUCCGAGGUCCUGUCUAGCUGGGAGGAAUGGUGGACAUACGAUGGCAUAUCCGGUCCAAGCUUCUGGGGCCUCAUUAAUCCGCAAUGGAAUAUGUGCAACAAAGGACGCCGCCAGUCGCCAAUUGAUGUGGUGCCCGAUAAGUUGCUCUUCGAUCCGUACCUGCGACCGUUGCACAUUGAUAAGCACAAGGUUUCCGGCACGCUGCACAAUACGGGUCAAUCACUCGUCUUUCGUGUCGACAAGGACACAAAGCAGCACGUUAACAUAUCCGGUGGUCCUUUGGCCUAUCGCUACCAGUUCGAGGAGAUUUACAUACACUACGGCACCGAGAACAGUCGCGGCUCCGAGCACUUCAUACAGGGCUACAGUUUUCCCGGCGAGAUUCAAAUUUAUGGCUUCAACAAGGAGCUGUACCACAACAUGUCCGAGGCGCAGUAUAAAUCUCAGGGCAUUGUCGGACUCUCCUUAAUGGUGCAAAUUGGCGAGACGCCAAAUCCCGAACUGCGCAUCAUAACAAGCACAUUCAACAAGGUGCUCUACAGAGGCUUCACGACGCCCAUUCGCCAUAUAUCGGUGAGGUCCUUGCUGCCGAAUACGGAUCAUUAUAUCACAUACGAGGGAUCCACCACGCAUCCGGGCUGCUGGGAGAGCGCCGUCUGGAUAAUAGUUAAUAAACCCAUCUAUAUCACCAAACAAGAGUUAUAUCAACUCCGACGACUGAUGCAAGGCUCCGAGAGUACACCGAAAGCUCCCCUAGGUAAUAAUGCGCGACCCGUGCAAAGUUUACACCAUAGAACCGUAAGGACGAACAUAGAUUUUAAGCGUCAUAAGAAUCAAAACGCAUGUCCUUCCAUGUACAAGGAUAUGUACUAUCGAGCGAAUCGCUGGUCACCAGAUACGGGACUUCUGAUACGUUGACGACAACGACAACAACAACAUCGAAAUCAACAAUGCACAAAUGCAAAUGCAAAUUACGCUCAAAUAAUGAGCAUAUUAUCUACAACAACAGUAAAAGCAACUACAACAACUACAACAACAACAACAACAA